AAAUCAAAGACAACAAGACAGAUGCCUUCCACCGCCACCCUCAACUACUUCGGAAUCCCCGGCCGGGGCGAGGCUACCCGCGUCGCGCUCGCCUACGCCGGGAGGGAUUUCGAGGACAACAGGAUGGAGUUCCCUGAGUACGGUGCCUCCAAGUGGGCGGGCAAGGGCCUGCCUGUCUUGGAGGUGCGGCAGACACUUGAGCUACAACUAAGACUGCUGUCGGUCGAGUGGACAUAG